CCCCCAUCUCGCGAUAUUUCCUCAAUGUCUGUGUCCUUCAUGUGAAAUCCAAAAUGGGUUAUUGGGAUCUGCAAGAGGGGAAAGAUUGUAUCGAGAAAACAUGGAUCACCACUAAAUUGGGCACAGCUCUAGGGUUGGUGGGUUCAGCCUAUCACAUUGUGGCAUUCCAGCCUGAUUCCGCAAUCCAAGCUGUUCAGAGAGCCACAAAUGGCACAGUAACCAUGGCUGCCUUGGGGGCGAUCUUUGGAAUGACCACUUGUCUAGCUGCACAGGCCCGGGAUGCUCCUGAUGAUCCGGUGAACUAUUUCCUCGGAGGCUGUGCAUCAGGAGUCUUUCUUGGAGCUCGUACUCACAGUGCAAUGACAGGCACGACAGCAUGUAUUGGGCUGGGGACACUGGCCAUGUUCACUAAGGUGGGCAAGAUGGAGGGCUGGAGAUUAGCUGGACCACCCAGGAUGUAAACAGCCCAAGGGGGAGACUAUAUAUUGACAUGUAUAUUGUAUAUUAAAUAUUCCUUGAAUAAACUUGUGUAAAAGAGUGUC